CCGGAGGUGGGUAUGAAGUAAGCCCAAGUCUCAUCCGAUAAGUUUGUAAUCAAGCGCUAACUCUCGCCUUUGCUUAACGGAGUUAUCAAAGACGAAUAGAGAAAGCAGUGAAAGAAGGGAAGAGAGAUAAUUCACAGGAAAACGCCAUUUCUCGUACCAAUCUCCCUGUCUGUCUCUUUCUCUGAAAUCCUUCUCUGGUAUGGUUUUCGAAACUCUAUCAAUCGGCUCGUUUCUUGCUCCAAUCUUGCUAUCUCCAUUUCACGUCUUGAGAAUGGGAAAUUGCAACGGGAAAACGAAAAAAUUGUCUGCGGAGACAUCGUCCAUUUUCGUGAGAAGCUCCCCCGUCGUACGCGUCUACGGUUCCGAAUCUUCCCUUUCUACGUAUCGCGUACGUAUCGCCCUACUGUAUAAGACCGUUGCUCUGCAGUUCGUCUCGUCCGACACGAUCGACACGCCCAUCCUUCAGUGCGGUACGGACACCGUUUCAGGUUCGUACGAGACGCUGCUACGAUAUAUCGAUGAGAAAUUCCCGAACCCUCCACUCGUGCCACGUGUCGGGGAGUGGGUGCGGGCGCCGAUCCCGGCGAUUGUUGUGACGGCGACGUUACAGCACAGGAGCAUGGCGUGGCAUUUGGAUCGGCUGGUGAUGUGGGUGGAGGAUCUAGCGGACAGGAAGAGGACGCGUGGGGAUGGAAGGGCCGUGGAUCCGACGAUGGGAAGCCCGAGGAUGGAGGUGAAGAAGUUGGGACGGAUUUACUCGCAGCUGCUGGAGUUGAUGCUGGAGCACGCGCAGAUGGAGGAGAGGAUUGUCUUCCCCGUCCUGGAAAGGGCUGAUAGAGGGAUAUGCAGAGCCGCAAACGAAGAGCACGCAAGGGACUUACCGAUUAUGAAUGGCAUCAAAGAAGACAUAAAAUCCAUAGGCGUUCUUGAGGCGGGGGGCCCUGCCUACCAGGAAGCCAUCUUCACCCUCUCAGCCCGACUCAAGACCCUACAGGAGCACUCCAAAGACCACUUCGAAGAAGAGGAGAGAGAGUUGUUGCCCCUGCUGGAAGCGGUAGAUAUGAACAAGGAAAGGCAGGAGAGUGUGGUGGCCCAAUGCCUGGAGGUGAUGGAAGGGACCCACUCAUCCCACCUCUUUCAGUUCCUAAUGGACGGCCUCAAACCUCUGGAAGCAAUGCAGUACCUAGAUACGAUCAGCAGAUGCAGCGACCGCCAAAGAGUGUCCUCUUUGCAUAGAGCACUUAUGGCUAGGAUGGAAGGGACAGCUGGAUCCACUAACUGGGAGUGGGACCCUCAGAAAUGAUCCAUUCCUCUCAUAGGACAUGUGAAAGAAAAUAAGAACAAAGACAGGAUUUUAAAAAAAUAAUAAUAAUAAUAAAAAUUCUUGUUGUUGCUGUUGUUGUUUCUAAAAAUGUUAUACACAUCCCUUUCUACGGGAAGCGAUAGUAACUUUUUCUUACGGGUGUAUAUUCCAAUUUCUGGUUUUGAAGCAGUCAAAAAGGUAUUGUGUCAUAUAUGAAAAGAAACGCUGGAGGACCUGUUUGGUUGACACU